CUUAACUUGGUCAGGAUGGAAUAGCGUGGCUGAAAUAGCAGAUUUUGAACAGAGUCUAUGGUACCUCGUUAGAGAAUCUUCACUACGAGUGACAGUACACCUAGGAUUAGACGACAAAUCAGCAGAAUCUCUCUUGGAUAUGAGACCAUCACCUUCAUCAUAUGUAAUUUUUGCUGAUCAUAGAACAGCUAAUAACAUCUUACAGAAGGCAUUGGAUAAAAAAAUGGUAUACUUGGAUGAUAGAUGGGCUUUGGUAUUAUUGGACGUUGGAACAGCACCAAUAAACAAAACCAUGUUAAAGAAAAGAAUAAUGCAAGUGUAUAUGCCAAGAUCCAUCUGCUGCACAGAACCCGGACAGAUGUUACCAUGUCACUGCACUGAACCAUUUAAUUUUGAAAUGGAAGGGGCUAAACAACUAAAAAUUGCUAUAAGUAAGGCGAUAACAUCAAGUAUAAGCGAAGGUUUGUCAGCAGAACCAUCAACCUAUUCCUGUUCAUCAUCUGCAAUAAGUCCAAGAAAUGACACUAUAUUUUACGAUAAUCUGCACAAAGCAUUAAAUGACAGUUGGCUCCUACGCAUGACAGAGUAUGGAGACGUGGGACUGAACCUUCGAUUUGAGAUCAGGAAUAUUGGAGAGACCCGAGUCCAGCAACUUGGAAAUUGGGACCCAGUCGCUGGGAUAAGAACAGCGGCUAUGCCCAGAGUCAAGCGUUUUUUCAGAAUAGGCACAGGCUUCGUGAGCAUUAACUAA